AUGACUUUACUCUCAAGUGUGCUGUUCCUGGUGGCUGUGCUGCUUCCAUCCUUCCCUGCAAAUGGAAUGGUUCCAAAUUUUGCUAGUUUGUCAACUAUGUUAAAUGAAAUACAAGAAGAGAUUGUGAAUAAACACAACAGUCUAAGGAAAAAUGUUUCUCCCACAGCCCAAAACAUGCUGAAGAUGACAUGGGACAAAAAUGCAACAGUAAAUGCUCAAAAAUGGGCAGAUAUGUGCCAAUAUGAACACAGUCGUCAAGAACUACGAACAACCGAUACAACAUGUGGUGAGAAUCUCUAUAUGUCCAGUGAUCCUAAUUCAUGGUCAGACGCCAUCCAAAGUUGGUACGAUGAAGUCAAUGAUUUUACAUAUGGUAUAGGAGCAAAGAGUCUUGGUGCAGUUAUUGGACAUUAUACUCAGGUUGUUUGGGACACAUCUUACCGUGUUGGUUGUGGCCUUGCUCAUUGUCCCAAUGAAGAUUUACCCUAUUUCUAUGUCUGUCAAUACUGUCCUGCCGGUAAUUAUGAAAAUAGAGUGAGUACCCCCUACAAAAAAGGACCGACUUGUGCCAGUUGCCCUAACGACUGUGAAGAUGGACUAUGCACCAAUAGCUGCAGCUAUUACGAUAAUUACAGUAACUGUGCAGAGCUGAAGGAACAGGUUACCUGUGAAUACGAAUUGGUCAAGAACUAUUGUAAAGCCACCUGCCUUUGUGAAGGGAAAAUUUAUUAA